CACACACAGAGCAGACAAAGACACACGCGCACACACUCGUGCGCAGCAGUCAGUUCAGCACCGCGACGUUUGAUACUUGACUCCAUUUCAGACUUUACGCGCCGAGUGCACACAUUUAAAGUUGCACAAAAGGAUUGUACCGACUGGAGCAGGUUUGUAGAAAAUGUAAUCGUAGCGAGAGCACCUUUACUUGCGUCUUUUCGACUCCUUUCUGUACGCGCGGUAGAGCGCGAUGGGCAAAGCUGUCCGAGGCUCGGUGUUGGCUCGCUGUACCGUCUGAGCGCGUUAUGAACGGGGUGCGAGCGGAAGACCCGGAGAGCGGCGGCGCGCAGGAUCACUACGGCAGCGUGGCGUACGACACGGCGCUCAGCACGCUGUUGGCCGUGGCUGUGUACGUGGUAGUGAAAGGGAGCGUGGACGGGCUGCGGCAGUGGCGGGCGCGCAUCUCGUUGCUGGUGGUGGGCUCCGGGCCGGUGGGGCUAACGGCGGCGCUGGUUGCUGUCCGCAGCGGUAAGGUCCUGAAGCUCACCGUGUUGGACGAGCGCACACGCAGCGCACUACUCUGCCGGCCGCAGCAGAUUGCCCUGGACCCCUGCAGUGUGCGCUUUCUGCUCAGUCUCGGAGUGGACUUCGAUAACAUGGAGGGCUGUUGGCACAACGAGCACUUCUUUACGCGGAUCGGCGUGUUUCAGGAGUAUCUGCUCAGCGUGCUGGAGCAAAAGAAGCAGAAAGUCGACGUGAGAGUCCACUUAGGCACUAAGUUCACAGAUGAGUAUCUGAGGAGGAUCCCUAGUGGCGAACGGCCCCGAAUCAUUGUAGUGGCUGACGGCUCUUGUGGUGACUCCUGCUCUGUACUGGGAAUCAGUUCAGAGUACAUAGUAGAGUCCUGUCAUGCCUACGGAGCCAAUGCCACGAUAGAGAGGCUGGACCAAAGGCAGGUCCCAACACCAGAGAUCAGGGCUCACAGCCUGUACUUUGACCUUUCAGCAUACGGCAUUGACGCUACUAAAGAACCUCGCAACUCUUCUCAAACCUCAGCCAAACCUGGUUUUCACCUGAAGAUCUAUGGAACAUUUAGAAACCGAUACAUGGCCCUGGCCUGCACAUCUGCAGAUUCGAAAAUGCUGCGUUUCCUGCGUCACACGGCCAACUCCUCGAUAAUGAAGAACAUCUUUCACCAAUCCUUCAAUGCUUAUAAGACAGAUAUCGAGCCCCGCGUGAGUGAGCUGACUCUGCACCGCAUGCAGUGCAGCCGCAGGCUCUUCGAGAUCAUGCUGUCUCACCGACGCAUCAGUGCAGCCUACAUUGAGGGUGACAAUGUGGCCGUCACUGUGGAAGGAGAGGCAGCCCGCAUGCUAAACUUUGAUACCGGUUGCGGUGUGAACCUUGGCAUGAGAGGCUUGGAGUCUUUGGGGCUGUUUAUUUACAAAACUGCCACUGCACAGGAUCAGAAUGAUGUGUUCGAAGCCCUUUCAGCCAAAAUCCAUCACUCCAAACAUGUGGCCGAGACCUUCAGACAAACUGGAUUGACUGCAGCUAUGUUUGAAUGAACGGAUGUGUGAGAAUUAGACAUCGUCUCUAAAGGCUUAUAAACAUCAUGAGUAAAGUGAAGUGCAUUGUCCAGCUUUCAUUGUAAUAAGAAUGUUAAGUGAUAAAAAUGCUCAAAGGAACCAAAGUGUGUAUACAAGCUUUAGCUCAGUGAAGAGUGAAAUAAGAUUCCUUUAAUGUCAGCAAUGUGUGUUGUAUGGAACAGAAAAACCUUCGCAAUAUUACAGUAACUUAAGCUUAAAUUUAAGAUUAGGUUCACACACAGUACAUGUCUAUGCUUAGUAUUAAAUACCAUAUUUUUUCAAAUUGAACGUUUAUUCACAUUUGUUUUGAUCACCAUGCAGCUGGUUGCACUGAUGCUUGCAAUUUUAUAAUUUGUGGCUGGGAAAAACUUUUCAGACCUACAUCAUGCCAACAUUACUGCUUUCUGCUUUCUAACAGGAUCGCUCAGGAGAAAAUAAAAAAUCAGGAUUGAAAAAAAGAUUACAUCAUUAAUCAAAGUAACUGUGUAAAGAUUCAUUCAAGAAACCACAAAUACAUACAUUUCAAAUCCUUGGGAUAUUUUGUAUGUAUAAAUUGGGUUGUCUUUAGAUUUGUAAUGUUUGUUAAUAAAAAUGAAACCUGCAUCUUUCAAA